AUGUCAAAAGCUAAAUACAUAGCUGAAGGAGGGUUUUCAAACAGACCACCAUACUUUGAUGAUACGGGUAUCUGGAGAAUCAUCACAGAUGGAGACUUUAUACCAAGAAUAGAUCAAAACGAUACUACAUCAGCUGAAAAGAAAGAAACAGAUUGGACAAUAGAUGAAAAAUCCAAGGCACUCUUAAACUCAAAAGCUCAACUGUUUUUAUCAUGUGCUUUAAGUAGGGAAGAAAGUGAAAGAGUAGAUGAGUGUGAUACGGCCAAGAAGGUAUGGGACACAUUGCGAACUCACCAUGAGGGAACGAGUCAUGUUAAGGAUACAAGAAUUGAUAUUGGUAUCCGAAAGUUCGAAUUAUUUGAAAUGAAUGAAGGAGAAACAAUCGAUGAAAUGUAUUCAAGGUUCACAACUAUAGUGAACGAAAUGCGUUCCCUUGGCAAAGUUUAUUCAGUACAAGACAGGGUAAGAAAAAUCAUGAGAUGUCUCCCAAUCAUAUGGAGACCAAUGGUGACAGCAAUAAGUCAAGCAAAAAAUUUAGAAGUAUUAGAUUUGGAAGAACUUAUAGGAACUCUAAGGGCACAUGAAGUACUAUUACUGGAAGAUAAACCUGUAAAGAAAAGUAAAGUAGUAGCCUUAAAAGCAUCUCAAAUAAGAAACCAGAUUUUAAAGCUGACUCCUCAGGACCCAAAAUCAAGUGGGUACCUAAGAAUGAUAUAA